GAAUAAUCAUUUAUCCGCUUUGUCAAUCACUUGAAUUGAUUCUAGACCGCCUUUAAAUAAGUAUUUGUAUGUGAUCUAUGUGUCACUCUGAACAGAUGAGUGGGGUCUAAUGUGGUGUCCCAGCGUGCUGUGUGAUUGGACGGUCCCUCCAGUCGUUACCAGGGGCGUGGAGCCCAGCGAGCAGCUGAAUGGGAAACACAUUUGUGAGCCUUACCGUUGUAUUAACCUAAUGGGUAGCAAGCGAAAAACUGUUGUCCGCUUAAAUUAAUUACCAACGGGAGGUAGUCACACAGAAAUCUCCCGUGUCUUAAAGCGGCCCUACUGGUGUUUAACUACUCGCUCCGCAUACAGCAGGCACCAUGGAGAGGCAUCGUGAGCUGCUGUAGCUGCACCCGAGGAAAAGGAUGCGAGGAUUUAAAAGGACAUAAAUACAACAUAUUCGUCUUUUUUCAUCGUCAAUAUGGGGUUUUUGAUCACUUAGCAAAGAUUUAACUGGACCCGGAUUUGUUUGCUGCCCUUGGGGUUGCCUGUGUACGUGAAAACGUGGACACUAUGCAGAUAGGGCGUUUUAAAGUGCACCUUUGAAACGCAAUGGACAAUCUGCUAACGUUAGCGGGGCUUUUCUAACAUCUGACAGGUCCGUAUGUGUCGUGGAAAGCUAACGAGAGUGUAGCCGAGGUUGUUUGGUCGCUUUUUAAACCUAGAUCUUCAUAUCGGAUGCAAUCUCGUCUAUCAUCCAUCCCACUGUCGUUAGGGGCCUCGGCUGGCAAACUGCGUCACCGAGUGGGCGCUGCAGGUAUUCAUAUCUAGCUCUGCACUUUAGGAAGUCUAGCCAUGGCACGAAUGAACUGGAAACCAAAGUGACUGAACUUUUGAAAUCACCAUGGAGCCUAAUUCAUACUCAGAGGUCCACCAAGAAUUACAAUACCCCUCUGUAUCCAACUCUCAGCGUAAACUGGCCCCAAAUAUGUAUGAGACCAUGGGUGAUGGCAAUGUCAACCAUGUGGACUCAGUAGGGAGGGGGGUGAGUGACCCCAGUGCGUCCAGUUAUCAGAGGAAUGUGCAUCAGAGAUUUAUUAGGAGGAGUCUGUGGUUCUCGGAUGCAGACGAGCAGACCUUUGAAGCACCUGAAUGUGAUAACAGGAAUAAGAUCCUAAACAUAAACCUGCGGACAAUAGUGGACAGGACGCGGGGGACCAGUGGGAUACAGGAAGGUUCCAGCACUGAAAGUCAAGGUGGGCAUAAAGACAGUGCAACCGAAAGUGCCAGUGCGGAUGAGGAGAAGGAGAAAGGUGGAGAUUCCUUAAAUCCCACAUGCAAUGGUGGUGGUGGUGGUGGUGGUGGUAAAGCUGCUAUCAAGGCAUCCAGUGAGGAGAACGAAGAGGAGGCCGAGAUGAAAGCAGUCUCCACAUCUCCAGGAGGAAGAUUCCUGAAGUUUGACAUAGAGCUGGGGAGAGGGUCCUUCAAGACGGUCUACAAGGGCCUGGAUACUGAGACCUGGGUGGAAGUUGCCUGGUGUGAGCUGCAGGAUCGCAAGCUGUCUAAAGUGGAACGUCAGCGCUUCAAGGAGGAGGCAGAGAUGUUAAAGGGUCUUCAACAUCCUAACAUCGUCCGUUUCUACGACUUUUGGGAGUGUCCCCUUAAAGGGAAGAAGUGCAUUGUCUUAGUAACGGAGCUCAUGACGUCAGGAACGCUCAAAACCUAUCUGAAGCGUUUCAAGGUAAUGAAGCCAAAGGUUCUGAGGAGCUGGUGCAGGCAGAUCCUGAAAGGCCUUCACUUUCUCCACACCAGGACCCCUCCCAUCAUCCACAGGGACCUUAAAUGUGACAACAUUUUUAUCAGACCUACAGGCUCGGUCAAAAUAGGAGAUUAGGGCUGGCAACACUUAAGGGGCUUCCUUGCUAAGAGCGUCAUAGGCACCCCAGAGUUCAUGGCUCCGGAGAUGUACGAGGAACACUACGAUGAGGCUGUGGAUGUGUACGCCUUCGGCAUGUGUAUGCUAGAGAUGGCCACUUCAGAGUAUCCCUACUCCGAGUGUCAGAAUGCUGCUCAGAUAUACCGCAAAGUCACUAGUGGAGUGAAGCCAGCCAGCUACAACAAGGUCAUGGACCCUGAAAUCAAGGAGAUUAUUGGGGAGUGUAUCUGCCAAAAGAAAGAGGAGCGGUACACCAUCAAGGAGCUGUUGAACCAUGCCUUCUUUGCUGAGGACACAGGCGUUAGGGUGGAGCUAGCUGAGGAUGAUGAUGGGAAAAAGGACUCGAUAGCCCUUAAACUUUGGGUGGAGGACCACAAGAAGCUAAAAGGAAAAUACAAGGAGACUGGUGCCAUCGAGUUCAUGUUUGACCUGGAAAAGGACGUCCCUGAGGUCGUGGCACAAGAGAUGGUGGAGUCUGGCUUCUUCCAUGAGAGUGAUGCUAAGACUGUGGGAAAGUCGAUCAGGGACCGUGUGGCACUGAUCAAAUGGAGAAGAGAGAGAACCGUGUCUGCUGCGGCGGCGGCGGACCUAGUUGACGCGGGUCAGCGGGUCCAGAUGACUCCGUCUCAGGGCAUCUCCGCUGGGGUAGCACAUGUAGGGCAGCCUUUGCUGGAGCCAGAAGAGCCAGAGGCAGACCAGCACAACAGGCUGCGUAACCUACCAGCCAGUGCAACCUCAGUGACAUCAGACAGCACACUGGAUAGUGGCAUGGGCUCCACUGUCUACUCAGACUCCCACAGCAGCCAGCAGAGUGUCCUCUACCAGUCCCUGCUGGAGCCUAUUACUAUGGCAACGCAGCAGUGCCAGAGCGGCAGCCCUCCUCUAACAGAUCAUCCACACUCCUGUGAAAAGGGGGAAGUAUGGGGGGCCACACUGAGCCCUGAUCUCAGGACUCGUUUGGGAGCUACAACCCGGAGAGGAAGUGCUCCUGUUCUUGACAGUCAAAGGGCAAACCAGAUUGCCCAACUGCAUGCCCUCAUUCAGUCGCAGAGAUCUGUAAGCCCCACCCCCACAGUACCAGAGGUCCGGUUGGAGCUCAGCCCCCCUGAUCUUCACUCAGAGGCUAAGGAUGGGUUCCCCUCCCUGAGUGCUCUGCCCGUACUAUCUGUCCCUUCACACAAUGAGUGCCGUCGCUUUAGUGACACCAGCAUCUUACCUCUACCAGUGUCCACCAGUGAGAACUCAACACAGCCUGUGCGGGGGGGACGCAGACACUCAGACCUCAGUAGUCUUCUGAGUCUGACCUCUCAUCAUAAUCACCAGCUGGCAAUGCAAAGAGGCCAGGUGUGCCAGGCCUGCCUCUCUUUGCUUCUCCUAAGGUCAAGAGAAGGGAGCUACCACCGCCCUUCUGUUGCCAUGCCACACCACCACUGUCCAUGUGACUUUAGACAAACCCUUAGUCCUGGGCGGCUGAAAGGUUUUGGUGAUUCUUCUGAUUUCUCACUACUGCAGCAGUCACUGUUCAACAUAAUAAGCCGCAAAGCAGCCCCGUGUCACACCACACACACCCAAGCCACCAUGCUGCACCCCUCAGCUGCCCACAGGAUGGCCCGCAGUGACGGAGACUGCAGCCUGAAGCGCCAUCUCCUUAGUGGCACUCUGGUUGGGGACAGAGAACCCCUCCAGGACACUGAGACCAGGGCUUUAGGAGUGGCCAGUUCAGCAGGUCACCAGAAUCAACCAUCUGUACAGGGCGUGCCAUCAUCCAGCACAGCAGUGCACGCACCGCAGCAGUACCUCCAGCCUGGACACAGUUACCCUGCUCCUCCAUAUGUUGGCCAACACACUGCUGCAGCCCCGGCUCAAGCUAGUCAAUGUUCAGUCAACCUGCAGCAUACAGCCAGUGCUGCUAACUACACACCUCAAAGUGUGCAACAGACUCAAGUGGCAGCAAACAUUUCAGCAUCAGCUGUGCCACAACAUGUCGCACAAAGCUAUCAAGCACCAGGACACCAACAGCAGCAGCAGCAGCAGCAGGCGACAGCGGCUUCGACUUUCCCUUUGAAAGUCCAACAGACUUGUCAGAACUGUGUAGCCCAACCUCAACAACAGGCUCUCUCUGCGUCAGGAUAUCCUAAUCCAGUUCAGCAACAGACCGCUGCUGCAGCGCCAACCCUGCCAGCCCAGCAGCCAGCACAAAGCUACUCUCUUACAUCUGUAGCCCCAAAUAUGGCAGCCACGGCCCAGAAUCAUCCUACACUAGCUCCCAGCGCACUGCAACACAUAGUCAAUCUGCCAAGUCAGCAUCCUGGUCCAAGCUCCUCCACACCAGCACUUUACAGCCAACAGAUACCCACUCAGCAAGAGCACCAACUGAACACUCAGUCCCAUAUUCAACUGACACAACAUGCUGGGCAGGCCUAUAUUCAGCCUCAAGUGCAGCAUUGCCAAGAAACUCAGCAUACCUUACACCAACAAAUGACACAGCAGCCGAACAUGUCUCCUUGUCAUCACCAAGUACACACCUCAACUCUACAGAAGCACAGUCAGGAAGCCAUGCAGACAGCAGGUCAACAAUGGAGCCACAAUGUAUCCCAGGUUCAGACCCCAGCUCAUCUACUUCGUCAGACAGCAUCGCCAGUUGUGCAGGUGGCAGCCGCGCAGCAGAGUUACCCUGCAGCCGGUCUACCUGAUGCUGCGUGUCACAGCUACACACACCCUGCCCUCGGUGCGCUGCAGCAGGAGACUGCUGCAGGUCAGAGCCAGUACCACGCUGCACAGUCUCCAGCUGCUCCACUGACAUACGGAGGACAACAGUUUCAACCCUAUCUUUGCAACGCUGCUUUCCUGAACCAGAACAUCUCUGCUGGUCAUAGCAUCUCACAGCUUGGACAAGACGGGCAGAAUCUCAGCCAAUCAGCUUCAAGUGUGCCAGCCCAGGCUCUGCCUCAUCAACAGUCAAUAGCUCAGGCUACUGUCCACCAGCAACUCCAACCGUUGCAGAUUUCUAACUUUUUGCCAUUUCCUUCACACUAUCCCACAAUCCAGGUGAUGACAGCUGUGCCUCCCUGUGAAUCCUCCCACCCUCACUCUUUCACUGCCCCUCACCCUUCAACCUCUUCCUCACUUAAUUCCAUCUUCCUUUCUCCUGGACAGACUGUGCCACCCUCUGUCUCCCCCCUCUCUCCUUUGCAAAUUGAAAAUGUGUUAGUUUCACCCAUCCCCAUGUCCCUCAUACCGUCCCCCUCUCUCAUGCUCUGUAAGGUGGGAGCCACAUCCUCACAGCACCAGCCAGCCACUGUUCUGCUGCAGAGCGUUAGAUCUGAAGCUCCUCAUUCACAACCUGCAUUUAUGUCGGCACCAACCGCCCACCCCAUACACACACACACUGCCCCCUGCCAGAACACACACCCUCCCACAAAUGGCAGCGCUCAGCCUCUGAUACAGCAGGUUCCUCAGCAAGCCCAGAUCAGCCAUCCUGAGCAUGUCCCCUCUGCCCAGCCCCCCCAGCCUGCAGGCUUCUCCUCACCUUUGCACAAUGGUUCAGACCCAGGCACAGUCUCCACUGCCCCCCAGCUGGACAACAACAACCCCUGCCAGCUGGCCCCGCAGGCCCAGAGUCAGGUUCAGAGCCAGAUCCCUGUGCUGCAGCCCUCUGACCCUCAGAGGGUGUCGUCUGGGUCUGCCAGUUCCUCCCUGACUCAGCAGAAACAACUCGGUUCUCUCACCGGAGCUGCAGGUCAGGGUCCAGCAGAGAGCAACAUGGAGGAUCAAGCCACAGAGAAACACACUGGAGGACAAAGCUAUGACAGUGUCAACUCUGAUGCCACAUCAGGGAAGGAGAUGAGCGACGGUUACGAGGGGACAUACGGAGGUAAAGGCGAAGGGAAAGUCCGCAAACACCAUCGCAGGUCCACCCGCACUCGCUCUCGGCAAGAGAAGAUUAACAGGCCAAAGCUCAGCAUGCUCAAUGUGUGCAACACUGGCGAUAAGAUGGUCGAGUGUCAGUUGGAAACUCAUAACCACAAAAUGGUUACUUUCAAGUUUGACCUGGAUGGAGAUGCACCGGAAGAGAUUGCCACGUACAUGGUGGAGAAUGAUUUCAUCCUGCCUUUAGAAAAAGAGAUGUUCAUUGAGCAGCUGAAGGACAUUGUGGACAAGGCUGAGGACAUGCUGAGUGAGGACACCGAGGGCGAGAGGAACUCUGACCACGGAGGCAGUCCCAAACAGAGUGAAGGCGCUGUGGGAGCAGAGGGAUUGAAGGCUUCUGCACCAAGCACACCACAGCUGGUGUACCAGCAAAAUGUCCUCCACACCGGCAAGCGCUGGUUUAUCAUCUGCCCUGUGGCGGAGACGCCUAUUAUAGACAAAGAGAAGACUACAUCCAACACCUCUACAGCCCAGGAAUCUGAAAACUCUGCCAUGUCAUCAGUCAGGCGCAACAGCAGCACAACUUCAGCGGCUACUCAAGUCACAUCUUUAUCCUCCCAAAGCCUGUCAUCCUCCUCCUCCUUGCCCCCCGCGCCUCAGACCUCAGUGCAACCUCAAGACCAAAGCAUUGACAAAACCCGGAUCCAGCCGCCUCAGCCCUGUGUAACCAAACAUGCCCUCGCCCAUCACAACACAUCCUUCCCUGUGGAGGAGCCUUGCAUCUCCGCUGUCUCUCUGGUAUCGGACAUUCCAUGCUGCUCUAUUGUGCCGCCUGUCUCUCUGACUGUGAAUGCUAUCGAUAAAGGAACAGCUAGUGGUUUGACAUCUAAUCAAACUAACCUGAAAAACAGUCCUACUGGAGACCCAGCCCCUCAGCUGGCCUCCCAUCAGUCUGUGGUGCUGCAGCAACCCUACGCCACGCCCCUGCAGCCGGGGACAGUCAUCUCCCAGCCGCAGAGUCCAGCACAUCAGAACUGCCAGGGGUCCGGCCUCCAGCAGCCGGCGAGUGGGGGGCCGGGCGAGUCGGACAGCGACGGACCGCGCAGGGUGGAGUUCACAGACCGCACCAUCAAGACUUUGGAUGAGAAGCUGAGAAACCUGUUGUACCAGGAGCAUGCUCCAUCCCAGCCCACCAGCAUAGCGUUGGACCCCCAAGCCCCCUGCACAGAGGGAGUCAGCACACCUGUAGUGUCAGACAGCCAGAGCACUGAGGGGGCACUUACAAAGAAGAAAGGGGAUCAGCUGCCUCAGAUUCCUGAGCGGACAGAUAGUGUGGGUGCAAUAAGUGACUCUGCAGUGGGAGCGACUAACAGGGUUUUGGACAGAAGAGAUGAGACAACCAGCUCUGGUUCAAAUAGCUCUAAAAGCCGUUUUCAAAUCAUCCCCACACCACCGGAUGUCAUCUGUCGUUUAGAGAAAAGCAAGACUGGUUUCAGCACCUGCAGUUCCCCAGCUCCCUCUAGUGGGUCCGGAGGGUCUCACAGGCAGACCCUGGGCCCUGGCAGGAAAGAGAAGGACUGUUUUGCUGUGGGCAGAUUGAAUGUGACAGCUGCAGCUGAUCAUGAGGAAGAGGGAACAUCCAAACCCCUCAGCAGCAAUCGUUACUCUGCCCCACCAAACUUCUAUCAUGUCACCCCCACCUCCAGCCCCGACCUCACCCCCCGGCACAUCCCCCGGGCCCAGACCAUCGGCACUCCGACCCAUCACAGCUACCACCAUGCCUCUCACCUCUACUCUGACUCGGCAGAUGAAGACAGCAGUGGUGUAGCCCCUCCCCUUGCCCAGCCCGCUCCCCCCGCUCAUGCUCUGUCUGCGCACAGUGGAAGCGACCUCAUGAAAAGGGCAGUGGCGUUCCUGCGGCGCACUGGCCGGAGCAAAAGUGAGCAGAGCUCGGAUUCACCGAGCAGACCGCCUGUGGCAAUGAACGGACACGCCACCUCGCCUCCUGCCCACUCAUCCUACAUCAGCAGUGACAACGACUCGGAGUUUGAGGAUGCAGAUAUGAGGAAAGAGCUGCAGAAGCUGAGAGAAAAACACAUGAAGGAGAUUUCUGAGCUGCAGGUGUUCCAGAGAGGGGAGAUUGAGCAUUUGUACACGGAGCUGGGUAAAAUGUUGCCCUCCAAUGUUGGCUUGCUUCAUGCAGCACCCCCGAGCGGCCGCAGGCGCAAGGCCAGCAAACACAAGCUGAAGGCUGGAAAACUGCUCAAUCCCAUGGUGCAGCAGCUCAAAAACAACCUGAGCACCGCCAGCGAGAGGAAAGGUGAGAGCGCUGCCAGUUCUUGCAGUUCCCCGGCUAAGAGCUCCAUCUUGUCGGACGGCUCGGCCCACUCCAGUGGCAGCUCUAGCUCCAGCAGUCACACCAGCGCCGCCCCAGAGCAGGUGCACACCCAGCAGCCCUGCUCCCUGAAGGGCUCCUUCUCCUCGGACAACAUCUACGCUGGGCUACACGGAGACGGGACGACUAACCAAGCAGGCCAAGGCUGGACGGUUUACCACCAAACGUCAGAGAGAGUCACCUAUAAAUCUAGUAGCAAACCACGCACUAGAUUCCUCAGUGGACCUGUGUCUCUGUCCAUCUGGUCCACUCUGAAACGACUAUGUCUAGGCAAAGAGCGCAGUAGUAGGUCUUCUCCCCACACCACCACCGCUCAGACGGCCUCCAGUCAGACACAGCCGGCAUUCGCCACACCCUCGCCAUCACCCCAGCCAAUCACACGGCUCGCUCAGGUCCAGACCAACAACAGCAACAACAAGAGAGGCACGUUCACAGACGAUCUUCACAAGCUGGUAGACGACUGGACGAAGGAGACUGUUGCGGCAGCCAAUCAGCCGCGGCCCUCCCUCAACCAGAUGAAACAGCAGAGACGCCAGCAGGACCUGGAGGGCAGAGUGUCACCCGUGGGAGCAGCUGCACAAGAGAUUAAAUGCCAUGUCGGUCCCCGCAAGUUCCAGCUGCCUCUUUCCUGCCCCCUGACUGCUGCUUUAGGCCCCGGUACGCCCUCAAACCUAGCUCCCAACUCGGCAGCGCUCCCUCCUGGGUACGGGAUGGCUCCUGGCCCUCUUUACCCGCAGCAGUGGUCCGGCAUGCCCAGUCCUGUAGGGUCCGGGGCUCCUGUAGGCCUGCUCGGUGCUGCAAGAACGAUGCCCUAUGCCCCAACGGCAAACCAGGGGAUCCAAGCCUACAACCUCAUGCACGAGCCCGAGAAUGGCCACUGUCCAAAAACCGCUAGGACUACCUAAUCUGCUACCUAAUACUUGUUCAUGUGUAAGGGCACGAUAGUCCAACUCCAAUCCAUUCUGCUUCAUCAGAGCCACACAUGUACAUAAUCUGAUGUUGUAAAUGACCCAAGUGUUGAUAUUCUUUCAGCAACACUUAUAUCUGUGGUUAAUUUGAGUGUGUAUGUGUAAAUUUGUGUAUACAGUAUUUGUUAAGUAUGUAUGUCUGAUAUCUAAUGCUUUUUGGCUUUGGUUUUGACUAAACUUAGCCAUACAAGACUACUUGUCUGCAGUCACGAAAAGCAAACAUCACUUUACUCUUUAUUACUGCAGUUCUCCCCUUUUUUUGUUACAUACACUUUAAACACUACAUUGGAAUCCAAAUACCAGUGGUGUGAGAUACAGUAACCGGACAGUAUUUAUGAUGAAGAUAUUUGAAGGAAUGUAGUGCCUUGAACAUUGAUUUAUUGAUUAUUUUAUUUUUUCUGUGAACAAAGCAUGUCUGUAUUCAAGUUAUUUUUAUUUUAGGGUAGCUUGAGUGCAGUCUCUUUUUUAAUUUUAAUGCAUUACAGAUACUUUUUGGUUUACAUAUGAAUGCCCUUGUAGAACUGCACUAUUAACAAAGUAUAUGCUCUUAUUUAAAAUAAUAAAUCAUGUUUUAACCCUUGUUUACUUUACACCCCUGUGACAGAUGGAAUGCCAUAGUGGUGAGAUGUACCAUUGCCUUGCAGAAACAAACAGUUAAUGUGAGACUGAUGAGAGAAGGAAAAAUAUUACGCCAGCAGACAAAUCCACUCUUUCAGGUUAAAUGGUUCGGUGGGACGCAGCCUCUUUUUGAUAGGACAACUGAUGCAUGGGAGUUGGCAGUGUUGAAGCCUUGUGCUCUAAAGAAAGGCAGUGUCCAGAGCCAUAUAUAUUGUACACAGUUCUUUGUACAGUUUAUUUCUCUGGUAGUGUUUUGAUCAGAAUGUAGCAAUUAUUGUCAAGGCUAGAGGCUAAAAAGUGCAAUUUAACCCCUCCACAAAGCUUUGAUCGUGGCCUUGCCACAAGCCUUAUCUCUGUGUGCAGAGGAGCAAGCUGAGAGUUCAACAAAGUUAUAAAUCACAAAGCAACAGACAGGAGUAACUGGACAAAUUCUAAACAUUACAAACCACCAAGCAAACAUGCCACUACUGCUAACUGCUCUUUCAAAUAGGCUAUCUGAUUACUCAGCAUACACUUCAAGUGAAAUGUUUUGUGCAAUCACCAGUUUUUAAAUUGUUUGCUGUUUAAAAGCUUGAUUUUUCUUUGAUGCUGCUAUUGUCUGAGGUGAUUCUACUGUACAAUUGAGCAUAAUAUUCACAUACAAUGGUACUUUAAAUAUGAAAACCUCCUCAAAUGAAAUUAACAAAUGAGGCACGAACAAAGCAGUGUUAUUGCCUUGUUUCACAGGUUGCUUUGGAUGAGUCUUUUUUUUCAUUUUCAGUAAUAUAUUGCAAAAUUCAAACGAUACUUAUUGCAGGAGAUUUGCACAACAUAUGGUCUCCCUUAAUUCUAACCUAUGUUUAAGAGUUUCCUACACUGUAUAUAGUGGGUUUCCCCACCUGUAAUUUUGUAUCACCAACAAGCAUGCCCAAUUUUUCAUGUUCCAUAAAGCAAAGAUAAACAAUAAAGCUACAAUGGUUGGAUAUUUCACAUAUACACGAUUCAUUUAAAAGGUUCCAGCAACCCAAUUCUGCCAAGCUGUGAAAUGUACAGUUUUCUCGUACUUUAUAUUUCUAUUUUUUUGGGGGGAAUGUUAAGAUGAUGAGGUGGUGGUGGUGGAGGGGUUGCUUUGAUGUACAUUAUUUCAUCAAUUCGGUUUGAAUUGGACUUUUAUAGGAUAUUAUGCAGAAUCUUCUGCUUUGGUGAAAUACUUCCAGUAGUAAGAGAUUUCUGUUCUCUGUCACUUGUAUCUGGUUUUGUUCCACCUCCUUCACUGCUAACUCAUGGUGAGCAGAGGAAGGAAUAACUAUUGUUGUUGGAUGCAGUGAUCAAUUAGAGGAGCUGAGUUGCACAGAGGAGGAGGAGUCCUGAAAAUGUGCAAUCUGCUCAUCUAACUUCUCUCUGUAAAACAGUGCCCCCUGGUGAAUAUGCUCUGAUUGUCAAAGGCUUGUAUUCAAACAGUGGGAUUGCUUCUGCCUGCUGUACUGUAUGUCCCACUGCAUUACCCCACCCUACCCUGCUGCACUCUAAUCAGACUGAAUGUUGGGAAAUAAAUAAAUAAAUAUUAUUUCGUGCUUGA